AUGGCGACGGAAAUUAUGAGUCCUCAAUCCGAUACCGAGAAACAAAUCCAAGGCACGGUCAUUCACCUCGAGGAUGCCCUGGCUACUCUCAACAUUGAUCCGAAGGAUGCAGAUGAAGCAUUUGAAUUCCUCAGAGAUCAUCCCAAUGCUGAUUCCGUCACGCAAGAAGCCAUGGCUAUUCUGACGGAUGAUGAAAAAAGGAAGAAACUGUUGCAAAAAAUUGAUUGGGCUAUACUUCCGUGCAUGAUAGGCACCUAUUUCCUUCAAUUCUUGGACAAAACUACCAUUGGAUAUACUGCAGUGAUGGGUUUGCGAGAGGAUACUCAUCUCCAAGGUCAAGAAUAUUCCAAUGUCGCAAUGAUCUUCUACGUCGCAUAUGCGGCAGCAGAAUUUCCAACUCAAUAUAUCUCACAACGAAUCUCGAGACUUGGCAAAUAUCUUGGUGUCAACAUUAUGCUAUGGGGAGUAGCCUUAGGCGCUCACGCAGCAUGUCAGAAUUAUGCUGGGUUGAUGGUUUGUCGUGCAAUUCUAGGAGUUUUCGAGAGUUGCGUAACGCCUACUCUCGUCUUGGUCAUCAGUAUGUGGUAUAAGAAAUCUGAGCAAGGGCGCAGAAUAUCUUAUGUCUACGUCUGCAACAGUUUGACGUCCAUCUUUGCUGGUCUCAUAUCUUAUGGCAUAUCAUUUUCGAAGAAUACCCACUUUGCAAGCUGGAGGAUUUUUCUUCUUACCAUUGGUUUGGUGACUGUUGUCUGUGGUCUGAUUGUGUUCAUGUUGCUGCCAGAUUCUCCUGUCAAAACUCGACGUUUCACCGAUGCUGAAAAAGUUGCCACUCUCUUACGAGUCAAAGACAAUCAAUCAGGAACUCAAAAUGCCAAAAUCAAGAAGGAUCAAUUGCUUUUGGUAUUCAAAGAUCCUGGAGUUUGGUUAGUGGCAUUGAGUGUUUUGAUGUUGAGUGUUCCAACUUCAAUUCCAAACUUUUCCAGUAUCCUUUUGACCACUUUUGGAUAUACUCCACGGCAAGCGUUGGUUCUCAAUAUCCCAGGUGGUGUUGUUGGAGCUAUUGCAACGAUCAUCACUGGAUAUCUCAGUGAUCGAUGGAAUGAUCGAAGUUUGGUAAUGAUCAUUAGUAUCCUUCCCACGAUUGCGGCAUUUGCUAUGAUGAUUGGACUUGAUCCUGGUGGUGUUCCAAAGAGUAAAGGUGCCCUUCUAUUUGCUCUUUAUCUCUGCAACUCAUUUACGGCGGCUUUUAUGCUUCUAUUGGUCUGGAAUGCUUCCAAUCUCGGGGGUCAUACCAAAAAGGUCACCGUUAAUGCAAUGACUCUUGCUCUCUACUGUGCAGGAAAUAUCGCCGGUACCGAAGCUUUUCGUGCCGAAGAAGCUCCAGGAUAUAUCAGUGGAAAAGCAGCCAUCAUGUCUACCUUGUCGGUUCAAGUUUUUGUUUGUCUGGCUUUGAGAUUUCGAAAUGAUCGUCUCAACAAGAAAAAUCGAGAAAAACUUGCAACCAUGACUGAAGACGAGAAGGAAAAGCUUCGACAACAACUUGCCUAUGCUGACAAGACCGAUCGAGAAAAUCCAUUUUUCCGGUAUACUCAUUGA